CCAUUUUAGUAUAUGUCACAUAUCUAUAAUGCAAAAGGAUUAUGCAUGUUUGCUGACUUGUCCCUGUGAAUGUGCUAGUUUAGUUGCCCUGACACAGAUUUCUUCCUCAAAAUAUUAUCAAACUUUGUAAGAUCUGAAAAAAAAAAAAAAAAACUAAAGAAAUAAUAAUUAACGAGAAAAGCCUGCAAACACUCGAGCUCAAAAUUGUGCCAAAUCCAGAAAGUUAAAUUCAAAUCAGAUUGACUUAUUUGGCGCCAAAUCACAACAACAGCCACCUCAAGGUAUUUUAUACUGUAAGGUACAAUAAUAGUGAGAAACCCCCAAAAUCAAGAGAGACGGGAUUAAAAAACACAUUAAGCUCUGAGGAGAGUCAGUGAAUGAACUAAUGAAACUAUUAAAUGUAUUUUAAAUACAUUUUAGUAGUUAGGAAUCAUGUAUCCGAGCGAUUAUUAUUUCCUCGCAGUUUUUUAAUAUAUUUUUUAAAUUCUGUAUUAUUUGUUUAUCUAUUUUCGCACAUUUCCCACACUAGUUCCUUUACGCUUUUAUUUUGAAAGCCACACGCCCUCGGUCGGCCUGCCCUCUGUGUUUACUUCACGCAGUUGAAAGCUCGAGAGGGAGAGGGAGAGAGAGAGAUCCUGAGUUGACAGUGUGACACAUUAACACGGGGACUCGCUGGAAUGAUCCGUGGCCGGUGUGCUGUCCUCGGUACCGGGAUUUCCACUGAACUGCGGCCUCGUUAAAACCCUGCGGCUCACCGUCCGGAGCCCCGCACGCUCCCGCAGGUGUAAAUGUGCCAGAAUGGACGCUGCUUCAGAUUCCUCUGUGAUCAUAACGAAGUGGGACUGAACUGAGUGGAGCACUCAAAACUCUAAAUAUUUGCCACAACCAGUUGAGGAUCUUGUUAUCAAAACCUACCUCAGAUCAACACUUAGCCCAGAAUUAGCUCAAACACCACCACCAACCACCACCAACCUCACGUACGUUCAGCCUAAUCAGGAGGAGAUGGAGGACUGACAGCUGAAGACCGGCAGGUGACAGAAGGCAGCUCCGACCUCCACAUCCGCCAACAGCCAUGGCGGGGCUGAAGCGCCAUCAUGAUGGGAAGAUUGCAGGGCUGUACGACCUGGACAAGACGCUGGGUCGUGGACACUUUGCUGUGGUCAAACUUGCCCGCCAUGUAUUCACUGGAGAAAAGGUUGCAGUGAAGGUGAUCGAUAAGACCAAGCUGGACCCGGUCGCACGGGGUCACCUUUUUCAGGAGGUGCGAUGCAUGAAGAUGGUGCAACACCCCAACGUGGUACGCCUCUACGAGGUCAUCGACACGGCCACCAAGCUCUACCUCAUCUUGGAGCUGGGUGACGGAGGAGACAUGUAUGACUGCAUCAUGAAACAUGAAGGAGGCCUCAGCGAGGAGGUGGCCAAGUGUUACUUUGCCCAAAUCGUCCACGCCAUCUCCUACUGCCACCGGCUACAUGUGGUGCACAGAGACCUGAAGCCCGAAAACGUGGUGUUCUUCGAGAAGCAGGGUGUCGUCAAGCUCACCGACUUCGGGUUCAGCAACCGGUUUCAGCCUGGGAAAAAACUAAACACCUCCUGCGGUUCGCUGGCCUACUCAGCGCCUGAAAUACUGCUGGGGGAUGAAUACGACGCUCCUGCUGUGGAUAUCUGGAGUCUGGGCGUGAUCCUCUUCAUGCUGGUCUGUGGUCAGCCCCCCUUUCAGGAGGCUAAUGACAGCGAAACGCUCACUAUGAUCAUGGACUGCAAAUACACGGUGCCGCCGCACAUCUCCCAUGCAUGCAGAGAUCUUAUAGGCCACAUGCUGCAGAGAGACCCCAAGAAGAGAGCGACCCUAGAGCAGAUCGAGAGCCAUCAGUGGCUUCAAGGUGUCGACCCCUCCCCGGCCACAAAGCUGUCUACUCCUCUGGUGUCCCAUCGCAGCUUGUCGGAGGAGGAGCAUGGCUCCAUCAUCCAACGCAUGGUGCUGGGGGGCAUCGCAGACAGAGACACCAUAACUGAGGCUCUGGAGUCUAACCAGUACAAUCACAUCACAGCUACCUACUUCCUGCUGGCCGAGAGGAUGCUGAGGGAGAGACAAGAGAAGGAGCAACACAGCCAGACACGAUCACCCAGCCCCAGCAAGGCCCAAUUCAGGCAGUCUUGGCCCACCAGAGUGGAUGUUCACCAGGAUGUCAGCGAUGGUUUAGGGGGUCCAGCUAUCUCCCACCCUGGAGGGCCGCAGUCCCCUGCCCGUAGUGCUGAGAGUCUCCACAAAGGCCCCAGGCCUAAAACAGCUCUGCUAGAUGUCAGCCAGCGGCAGGAAAAUCACACUCCAGCAUCCAGCCAGCAGCAGCAGGCGCCACAACAAAACCAGGAGAGGGGGCUCAGACCUCUGGCAAAGCCCCACUCCAACCCCCUUAGGUUGGGCUCACUUUCUUCAGUGGGUCCUGGAAAACCUCGGAGUCCCAGCCUUUUCAGCGUGGAAGAGGAUGAGGAAGAAGAUGGGUCAGAAGACAAAUGUUUGCCCCCCUGUACACUGCCUUCUCAAGUGGUGCUUCGUUGCAAAGCUUCCUCCUCAUCGUCAUCUUUGUCCGGUAAUCGGCUGACAUCUCGUAUGAGUGCUCCAAUUCUCAACCAGAUCCACGAGGAAGAUAAGGAGGAUGAGGAGGAAGAGGAAGACAGCAGGGAGUUGCAGGGACUUGGCCCGCCCAAACCCAGCCUCAGCCUCAAUCUGAACUCUAGGAUACCUUCACCUUCAACACUCAUGUCCUCACCUAAAACUGUUGGUGCACUGGCACCAGUUGCCACGUUCACUCCUAGCUCAGAGACUAGCGAUGAUGAUGAUGAUACAGAAAGUCACUAUAAACCUGACACAGCAAGUCUAGAUGAACAUGGGGUUGAGAGAGGAGGGAGGAAAGAGGAUGGAGAGAAAACGGGGGCAGGACAGGACAGUCCUUCCAACUGUGCCAGUCCUGGAUCAGGGUCAGGCCAAGGUAAAGGCACAGCCAAGGCUGCCAGCGGUCUGGUGGAAAGCCUAAAGCUGAUGAGCCUGUGCCUAAGCUCUCAGUUCCACAACUUGACGGGGGGAGGAGGGGGAGGUGGCGGAGGUGUUGCUGCUGGCAGUGCCGGCAGUGCUGGUGGGGAUGCCCAGGACCGUCCCAUGUGGAGAAUGUGCAUGGGCGGAUCCACUGGUAGUUUAGAUAAGGUCUCGCUCCUGGGUGGCCCUUCGCCCAGGGGCAACCUGUACCACCAGCCCCCGCUGGGAGACGCACUGGCAGACCCGCUGCUGGAGGGACCCUGCUCGGGCCGAUUGAGGCUGGGAGAGCUGGACCUGGCCCGGGAAAACCACAGGAACAUGAAGAACCGUGUGCUGCAGAUGCCUCUGAGCGACAAGACUCUGUCCGUCAACAUUCACCGGAGCCCCAAGGAGGGUCUGCUCUGCACGCCAACCCCACACAGCUGCUGCCAGGUCAUCUAGAGCACACCUCCACGCUCCUCCGCUCAUAUUCCUGCGACCAUUAUUAUUCUGCUUUCAUUUCAGUGAUGUCACCACAUGAAUGCGCAUUGUUUUUGCAUUUCUAUUUCUUCCCUUUUGUUUUGACACGCAGUGGUGAAUAACUGGGAGAAGGUCCAAAUGCCAAAAAUUGCACAUUUAGAGACAAUAAGUCUCCACGGAGGACACUGGGUGCAAUGCCAAGUAUGUGAAGCACUUUCAGCAGAUUCAACAAAACACGGAAGGGGGGGAACGUCCUAACCGGCAGGUGUGUUUAAAUGAUGGUACCGAAGGUGCUCACACUUUUACACUCUUAAAUACCGCAUGUGCACAACGUUCACUCUGGUAAGCCGAUGAAAGGGAAAGCUGUAGAUUUUUUUAAAGUAUCAUGUUACAUGUCAUCUUUUUGUUGUGUUUUGAUGCUGUUUUUUAAUAUAAUUUUUAAAUUAUAUUUUGGACAUUUUAUCUUUCUUUUUUUUUAAUGCUUUGACUGAAAGAGUUAAGUGUUUUCACUGAAACAAGGACCAAUACAGGGUGAAAAUGAUGACGGUGGCACACAAUAUUUUGUAGUCUUAUCACUGUUUUAUUUUUCUAUCUCGAACAUGCUCUACAGAAAAGGAAAUGCACACUCGCUCGUCAAGUCUCUGCAAGUGAACGGCAGAGUUUGUACAUAUGUGAAUAUACCUAGCAGUACUCUGUACCUGUAGUAUUAACGGUAACGUUGUAUUGCGGUAGAAACCUGAAUACUAGAUCCUAACGCACCAUUAUUCGUCAUUCCUACUGGAUAUCCAGGGCUUUGGUUGAACCCAGAGCUUUAAAGCUGUUUAAAGAGAUCAAACAUCUCCACAUAAUCAAAUUAUUAAACGCGCAAUGGCAGCUCUUUAAAGUGAAGUGGCCCUGUUUUUAUGUCCGGUGGAAGGGAAAAAAAUGUAAAACUGGGCCAAACCCAAACCAUGUUCAUCCCGUAGCUGUCCAGGAUCACAGUAGCCACUGUUGUAGCGUAUUCCAAGACAACAACAACAACAAUCGAGCGGUUUAAAUGGAAAACAACACCACCGCCCCUUAAAGUGUCAGCCUGUGUAACUGGAUGUGUGACCCACCCCUAGCGAAAUAUAUAACUUGACAGUGCAUGUGUUUUUGCUGUAGCAACCUUACUCCUAACCCACAGAGGUCAAGCCACCUGUUGUAUCUACCUAAGUAACAGAUUCAAAUGGUCACUUUACUGUAACCUCACAGCAAUACCAGCGACUGCAAAAUGUACAACAAUAAUAUAUGUGCCAUAAGAUCUGUCUUGAGCAUAUUGUACUGUAUGUAUAUGAUAGAGAUCUAUUAAAAUAAAAUGAUGUGAA